GCUCCGGCUGGAUCGUAGUCAGAGCUGCCCGGGUGGCAGAUCGCUCCUUCGGGGAUCUGCGGGCGCCUCUCCCGCCUCUCCUUUCAUUGCGGGCCGCAGCGAGGGCUGCAACACAGGAAUAAUGAGGAACGUGUGGAUGGUGCUUGCCUUCGCCUUGUCGGCCUGCGUCUCGGGCGAGACGAGAGCAGAACUGACCUCUGAUAAAGACUUAUAUCUUGACAACAGCUCUAUUGAAGAGGCAUCAGGAGUCUACCCAUUUGAUGAUGAUGAUUAUAUUUCUGGUUCAGGCUCUGGAGCUGAAGAAGAAGAGGAAGAAGAAAACACAAUAAUGAUGACCACUAGAAUGCUUCCAAAAAUGCUGCCGACAAGUGAUGCUCCUAGGACUGAGAGAACUACACUGAAAACAAAGACCAAGGUACCUACACAAACAAAGUCACCUGAGGAGAUUGAUAAAAAAAUACUGAAUCCUGAUGCAGAAAACAGAAAUGCUCCAAAUGAGCCAAUUGAAGAUACUGAUGUAUUCACUCGAAAACACUCAGAGAACCUUUUUCAGAGAACAGAGGUUCUGGCAGCGGUUAUUGCUGGUGGAAUCAUUGGCUUUCUUUUUGCAAUCUUCCUUAUCUUGCUUUUGGUGUACCGCAUGAGAAAGAAGGAUGAAGGGAGUUACGACCUCGGGGAACGUAAACCCUCCAGCGCUGCCUACCAGAAGGCACCUACUAAAGAGUUUUAUGCAUAAAACUCUAAACGUAGUGUCUCUAUUUAAGAGAUCACUGAACUUUUUAAAUAAAGCUUUUUUUGGCCUAGAAUAAUGAAGAACUUUUUUUUCAUUAAAGAGCCUUUAUGGCACCUUUAUG